AUGGCGACAGGAUUUGACGCAACACCUCGUAAGGAGGGCACCUGGACCAAGCUCGUGAUAUUCGUCUCCUUAUAUUGUCUGAUUCUGGAAUCCAUUCUUGAAUGGGUUCUCGUUCUUUUUCUCUACGGAAAUCAUAAAGUUGACUCGAAGAUGACUGUGAGCUUGGCUCUAGCACUAGUCUCGUCCUUCCUUAUGAUCCCGCUAGUAUCCCUUCAAAGUCUGGUUGCCUGGCAAUAUAACAAAAUCGGAGGAUUUGGAGAGCAAAAGACUGUUCUUCACAAUGUCUGCACAUACGUCCUCCGACUGGACCUCAUGCUCUGGCUUGCAGCAAGUGUGUCUGGGCUUGUGGUUGCCGCUCAACAAGUCUACUGUCUCCCAGCAGGUACAGAUGCUAGCUAUUGGAGAGUCGGUAUUAGUUGUGCAUUUCAUCGAGCUGCAGUCAUUGUUUCGGUUGCAUCACUGGUCACUGUUUGUACUCUAUACUGUGCCAGGGAGCUUUGCGAUCGCCCGUAUGAUGUUUCCAUCAUCGGAAUCUACAGACGCUCCCAAGCACUUCGUGACGACAGCAUCUUUUCAGGACAUAGCUGGGACAGUGAUGAGACACUCAAAAACGAAAUUCUGAAUCUCUGUCGCCAGCAUGAUGGCAAAGCAGGUGCAGAGCCUUGGUAUCUCGAUCCAUUAGCUGAUAAAGUCAAUUGCCAUCCCAGCAUUCGCCAUCCUGCUCCCGUUCGCCUGCGACCCCAGUUAAGAGUCAACACGGAUCCCGGCUCCGAAUAUGGGGAAAUCACUUCUGGGACAACGAUAUCGCCGGAUGAUAUCAUGCCUCGUAUCUCUCCAGGAGGCCAGACUAUUACGAGUGACUUCUAUCCUAUCUCGCGAACCUCCACAAUGAUGACUUCUCAGACCGCCUGUGAAUCCCAAACCCUUCUCUCCAGUAUUUUCGCUCCUAGGGUUCCCCCGAUUCCAAAAGAAUAUACUGUCAAUCAUAAGAGAGGAAAAUCAUCUCUAUCCUCACUCAAACGAUUUUUUCCGAAAUCCUUCCCGUUGUCGUUACCUUUGUCCUCGGACCCUCAGAUCCGUGCACUUGUCGACCCAAAUGCUGCAUCAGAUGUUGAGAAGCAAGUUGUGACCCCCUCGACGUCAAGAAAUAACCUGGCAAAUUCCUCCCAGGAUGUUCUGGUAGAUAGAUCUGCUGAUGGAUCUUCAUCGCCUGCUACCCAGGCUACCACUGACUCAACACAACAAACAACCAGGAAGCCUGAGGGACAUACCCGUACGAUGACAAUGAAUUCUGCCGAUGCACCAGAGGUCGUCGUGCCAGCAGAGCCAAGCAGAGUUCGCCGCUCUCAGACAGCCUGUCUAGCACCGCCACCUCGUUCCAUUCAUCACCCACAUCAUCCGAAUUACAUACCUGGGCCCGAGAUGCCUCGCAAAUACUCCCUGUCCUGUCGACAGAAUUCUGCCGUCCUUCCGCUACAUGUGGAGCCUUUGCGGCGAACUACGUCUCGCCAGACCAAUGCUAUGCAGUAUCCAGUUCGCAGCAGUUCGUAUUCUUUCGAGCCACCUCACAUUCCCAGACACACACAGAGCCAGUAUCACCUGCACUGGUACCCGCAACCUCCUCGCUGGCCAAGCCAAUCCACAUUUGAUCCCAGCCGGACAACUCCAGUUCCUGCAAUUCCACGCCGCAAUGAUGUUGAGGUUAUCUACCCCAGCACGCGGCGGCCUCGCAGCAGUACCCAUAGUGGCUUCAAAGGCCCUUUGAGCUGUAUUAUGGAAUCAUCUUCUACCCCACGAACAUCCGUGAAUACGGCUCAGGUCAAGGCGAUUGGUCCAGGUGUGCCAUCCAAUGUGAUUGAUCAAACGAUGUACCGCGGUGCAAAUCGCACCAGUCUAAGCUUCUAUUAA